CAAGAGGUGGGAUAUGAACCAGACAGCAGCAGCAGUCAGUAUGACCAGACAGACCUACUUCACAUCUUUAAGGUGCUUGAGGAGAAGAUGGUCACAUUUUUAAAGAAAGAGCUGCAGAGAUUUAAGCAGAUCCUUAGACCAGACUACAAGGAAACCUUUGAUGUAAAAACAGAAGAAGGCCGUGAUGCCAGAGAAGGAGUUCUCAAGAUGGCACUGCACUUCCUCUGUAAGAUGGGGCACCAGGAUCUUGCUGACGAAUUGAAUGAAAAUGAGCUCAAUGUACUUUGUCAGAAUGAAUUGAAAAGAAAUCUCAAGAACAAGUACCAGAGUGUGUUUGAAGGAAUAGCCAAACAUGGAAGCUCUGUCCUACUCCAAAGGAUCUACACAGAUCUCUAUCUAACAGAAGGAGGAAGUGGGAAAAUAAGUGAGGAACAUGAAGUCAGACAGAUUGAAUACAGAACCAAGAGAUCAGUUGAAGAGGACAAACCAAUCAAAUGUGCCGACAUCUUUAAACCCUCUCCUGGUCAGAACAAACCAGUCCGAAGAGUUCUCACAAAGGGGGUGGCUGGCAUUGGCAAAACCAUCUCUGUGCACAAGUACAUCCUGGACUGGGCUGAAGGAAUUAACAACCAAGAGAUCAAUUUCAUCUUCCCACUGUGCUUUCGGGAGCUCAACCUCAUGAGAGACAAGGAGUGCUCUUUGAUGGAUCUUCUUCACCAUUUUUUUCCAGAGACAAAGACGUUAACAAUAGGCAUCGAGAAUAAAUAUAAUGUGCUUUUUGUCUUUGAUGGUCUGGAUGAAUGUCGACUCCAACUCAACUUUGCAGGAAAUGAAAGUUUGACUGAUGUGACAGGUGUCACUUCAUUGGAUGUGCUGUUGACAAAUGUCAUCAAGGGCAAUCUGUUCCCUUCUGCUCUACUUUGGAUAACCUCUCGACCAGCAGCUGCCAGUCAAAUUCCUCCCGAGUGUGUUGACCUGGUCACAGAAGUGCAAGGGUUCACUGACUCACAGAAGGAAGAGUACUUAAGGAAGAGGAUCAAUGAUGAGGGUCUUGCAAGCAGAAUCAUUUCACACAUUAAAUCAUCGAGGAGCCUCCACGAAAUGUGCCACAUACCUGUGUUCUGCUGGAUUGCUGCUAUGGUUCUUGAGAUAAUUUAUUCCUCAGGACAAACAGAGAGUCCAAAGACUUUGACAGAGAUGUACACACACUUCCUUAUUUUCCAAACCAGACAGAGAAACAUCAAAUUUGACAAUGUGCAUGACCUUAAGACAAAAUGGAACCAUGCACUUGUCCUCAAUCUUGGAAAGCUGGCCUAUGAACAGUUAGAGAAGGGCAAUCUUAUAUUUUAUGAAGAAGACCUCAGAGACUGUGGCAUUGAUGUCAAAGAGGCAGCAGUAUUCUCUGGGAUGUGCACCCAGAUCUUCAGAGAAGAAUCAGGGAUCUUUCUAGGGACAGUGUUCUGCUUUGUGCAUCUCAGUAUCCAAGAGUAUCUUGCUGCUCUGUACGCACUGUUGAUGAUGGAAGUUGAAAGGGCAGACACAAUUUCCACACAGUCUUCAACUCCAACAAGGAUAACUUCGCAGAAGAAUGCUGUUGACAAAGCUUUGGGUUAUGAAGAUGGCCGCUUUGACCUCUUUCUCCGCUUCCUUCUUGGCCUCUCUGUGGAGUCAAAUCAGAGUCUCCUGCAUGGUCUAAUAACGAUGAAACAAAUUCAGACAGGCAAUGAUGAAACAAUCUCAUACAUUAAGGACAAGAUCAGGGAGGCCUCUUCAUCAGAAAGGAUGAUCAACCUCUUCCACUGCCUGAAUGAACUCAAUGACCACUCCUUAGUGGAGGAGAUCCAGAGCUUCCUCAAUGCAGGGACACUUGCUGAAGCCCAGCUCUCAUCUGGUCAGUGGUCAGCUCUAGUGUUUGUGCUGCUGACAUCAGACCAGAAUCUGGAUGUGUUUGACUUGAAGAAGUAUAUCCGCUCUGAUGAAGCCCUCCUGAGGUUGAAGCCAGUAAUGGAGGAAUCCCACACAAUUCUCUUGUCAGGCUGUGGUGUAACAGGAGAAGGAUAUGCUGCUCUGGCUGCAGCUCUCAAAUCAAACCCCUCCUCACACCUGGAGGAGCUGGACCUGAGAGGAAACGACCCUGGAGACUCUGGAGUGGAGUUACUCUCUGAUCUCUUACAGGACCCUCAAUGUAAACUCAGGAGACUGAGAAACCCCUUACUCCUGAAAGAGCUCGACCUUAGUGAGAGGAUACCAGGAGACUCAGGAGUGAAGCAGCUCUGUGCUCUACUGGAGGACCCACACUGCAGAUGGAAGAAACUCAACUUGUCAGAUUGUGGUGUAACAGGUGAAGGAUAUGCUGCUCUGGCCUCAGCUCUCAAAUCAAACCCUUCACUCCUGGAGGAGCUGGACCUGAGAGGAAACGACCCUGGAGACUCUGGAGUGAAGCUACUUACUGAUCUAUUACAGGACCCUCAAUGUAAACUAAAGAAACUGAGGCUUCAGUCCUGCAGUAUAACAGCAGAGGGCUGUGCUGCUCUGGUCUCAGCCCUGGCAUCAAACCCCUCACACCUUGUAAAUCUGCAUCUGACUAAUAAUAAACUGGGAGACUCUGGUGUGGUGCAGAUCUCUACUCUACUCGGGAAUCCGGAUUGUAAACUACAGAGACUGUGGUAG